CGUCAGUCGUCUCGCAGCGCACCCAUCACUAACAUGACUCGAGUUCUCUUCACCGUCGUGGUCCUGUCCCUCGUGGUCGCCUUGGCCGCCGCCGGUGGAUUUGGCGGUGGACACGGAGGCGGAUUUGGCGGUGGACACGGGAGGCGGAUUUGGCGGGUGGAUUCGGAGGAUCUGGAGGCUAUGGAGGCAGAGGAUUUGGAGGUGGACAUGGAGGCUUCGGAGGAGGAUUCGGAGGCGGUCACGGAGGAUUCGGAGGCGGUCACGGAGGAUUCGGAGGCGGUCACGGAGGAUUCGGAGGUGGAUUUGGAGGACGAUAUGGAAAGUAAGCGCUUCGACGAUCUUUCACCUCCAGGAGGAAUGUAUAUUGAAAAGUGUAUUCCUAUUUUUUAUAUUAAAGUGUAAAUUCAA